AUGCAGCGCAGUUCGAUCAUCUACGAUGGCCUUUGGCGCUGCCUCUGCCCCUCGUUUGACAGGACAAUUGUGCGGCAUGCUAGGCGAUUACCGACCAGUGCGCGCUCGCGUGCGCUGCGCUGCGAGCUGCCACGAGGAGCUUCGAGUUCAACGACGAUACAGCGCCGACCGUACAGCGCAGAAGCGUCGACGACAAUUGACGCGUAUAUUCAGGGCAUGUUGAGGACGGGGCCGGGGCCGCCGGGACCGGGAUCGACGACGCCGGCGCCGAGGCAGAUCAAAGUCCUUACAAGCAAGGCGCCGCCCAGCGAUGCGAUCCUGUUCGCAGCAUCCAUCGACGAGCUGACGGAUCACCUACAUACGCUGCGCGGUCGCGAACAACCCUGGAUAUCUACAACAUCCACUGUGGACAGGCACAAGCGCAUCGUACAUCUUGUCAGGCAUCUGGUCGUGCAGCGCCGACAGCGCCUGACGGCGUUUCUGUACGAGUGCAUCGUGGACACGAUGGGGGAUCCGGAAAACAGCGGCACCGCGCUCGUGGCCCUCAUCAAGGACAUGGCGCAGCAGGGCAUCGAGCCAACGCAGGCCUUCUACACCGGGGCUCUCGAGUCCCUCAUGGUGCACCCCAACUACGCCGCCAUGCUCGAGAUUAUGCAUCACGCGCGCGCCUGCGACUGGCCAGACAACAAGCCGACGCUGACCGUGGCCUUGCUCCGAGACGAGCAGUACGAGCUGGCCUACGACACGCUCAUGGGACUGCACGCGAGCAGCGCACGGGUCGAGCCGUGGAUCUACGACAUCUUUGUGUUUGUGUUUGGCAAGAUGGGCUUCGUGGACGAGAUGAUGGACAUACUGGUGGCCCGGCUGUCGCUGGCGUCGACCGACGGCCUGGACGCGCUGCAGCUCUAUGCCCUCGACGUGUGCAGCGCCGCUUUCCACUAUCCCGGCACGCUCGCGGGGUGGAACACAAUGGUGCGCAGCGGCAAGGUAACCCCUCCCGACGGCGUCGUGGAAAACGUGCUCAACACGGCCUCGCGGCAGGCCGAUACGGCGCUGGCCAGCGAGGCGCUGGACAUGCUCGCGCAGCGGACCAAGCUGCACGACUACCACUACGACAGCCUCGUCGACGCCUUCAUCCAAGACGGCGACCUUGGCGCCGCGACGCGCCUGCAUUGCAUCAUGCACACCAGCGGCGUCCCCGUCACCAAGGCCGCGGCCCGCCGCCUUGUCGCCGCGGCCGGCACCGCGCGCCGUGCGCCCGAGCUCAACGAGUGGCUGCGCACCGCCACCACCGCCGACGCCGAGGAGAAGCUGCUGGCGCCGCCGCGGCUCGUCAACGCCGCCAUCACGGCGCACCUGCUGGCGUCCGACGUGCCGCUCGCGCUGGACCUACACGCGCGCUACGAGCAGCUGUGCGGCGAGCGGUGGCCGCCGCUCGAGGUGAUGCUGCGGCUGCUCCCGCACUACGGCGGCGACGACGGGCGCGCGGAGGCGGCGGCAGGGCUGCGCGACCGCCUGUUGGACGAGCUUCGUGCGCAAGAGGGCGAGGAGCCGCGGCGGAUGAUUGCGCAGAAGCUCAGGGCCGCGGCCGAGGAGCUGGUCAAGGACGGCAGGACGGACGAGGGCCGGCUCUUUGCGGAGAAGCUGGAUGAGGUGCUGCUACAACCGCAAAUAGAACAGCCAUCCUAG